CCGUCCCCGAGGUCCCCCUUGUCCCCGGAGACUCCCGAGCUCCCACAGCCCAAAGCUCCGACCGAGGUUGAAGCCAGGCAGCUGCUGCUGGAAGAAUGGGGACCCCUGAGCGGGAAGCUGGAGCUGCCCCCGAGUCUCAGCUGGAAGCUGCUGUUCCUGGAGCGGCCGCUCUACCGCAACCUGCUCAGCUCACCCAACCCCGAAGGCAUUAACAUCUACCAGCCGGCGCCCCCUACGGGUCCCACCCGGAAACCCCUGACGGACCUGGGUAAUUUCCGCGGAUGGUACAUUACUACCGAGAACCUCCAGGGGCCCCUCAGCUGGACCGUGAAGGAACAGUGUGUGAACCUGCUGGCCAAGAAGCUUUGGGAAGAACUGCUGGAUGACGAGCAGCCUGACAUCACCGUCAUGGACUGGUUCGAGGACAGCCGCCUGGACCAGUGUGUUUAUGAGCUGCAUGUCUGGCUCCUGGCCGCUGACCGCCGCACAGUCAUUGCCCAGCACCACGUGGCCCCUCGGACCAAUGGGAGAGGUCCCCCUGGCCAUUGGGUUCAGGUGUCCCACGUCUUCCGGCAGUACGGUCCCGGAGUACGCUACGUCCACUUCCAGCACAAGGCCAAGAACCGCAUGGAGGCUGGGGGGGCGCGGCGGGGCAGCCCUGCCUACUGGAUCUGCGCUGGCGACAUAGAAGAGAAAGAGAAGCCCGAACGGCUCCCUUCCUGUGAAAAGGAGAAAGAACUCAAGAGGAAGAGAAGAAAAGUGUCCUUGACUGAGGAGGCUGAGAUCUGCUAA